GUCUAGGUGUGCCCUGCACCAACUGCGUGGCCUUUUCGAUCGAAUGCAAAAUCCCCACCCCCAAACGCAAGAAGAACCAGACCAAGUCGAAGGAGAAUGAAGGGUAUGCCUCUCGCCCUUGUCAUCUCCGACUAUGCUGAUCAUGUUAUCCGGUCCGAUCAGAAGCGAAGAGGUCGAAGAGAAAUCGCCCGAAACCAAGCCCGAGCCGUUGCCAGUCGAUCCCGGCAAGGAAAAUGCCUUCGGCUAUCGCAACAACCAAAUGGCAGUCGACGGUAUGCCCGUCACCUCCCUCACAGAAACGCAGGCCGCCCAGCAGGCCACUCAAAGUUCAGCCUACGCCCAGUUUAUGAAGCCAAAAUUUGCGCGCGCCCCCAUAAAGGAACCCGGCAGGGUGGCAUACCUGGGCGAGUCGUCCAACCUGUCGCUCUUGGUGCAGGACCGCCAUGGGACUACCGAUGUCGUACAUUAUCCUCUGCCGCCGAAUAUGGGCGGUACGCCGGCCAGGCUGACGGAUCUGGACAAUCUGGAGCUGGAAAUCCUGAAGCAACGCGGGGCCUUUCUUCUGCCUCCGAAGCCAUUGUGUGACGAGCUGGUUGAAGCCUACUUCCAAUGGGUUGCGCCCGUGGUGCCCAUUGUCAACCGCAGCCGCUUCCUGCGGCAAUACCGCGACCCUAAAAACCCGCCUUCCUUGCUUCUUCUUCAGGCGAUUCUUCUGGCUGGUUCGAGGGUCUGUACGAACCCGCAGCUGAUGGACGCCAAUGGGUCAACUACGCCCGCUGCGAUGACAUUUUACAAACGGGCCAAGGCGUUGUAUGACGCCAAUUACGAGGAUGACCGCGUCACCAUCGUUCAGGCGCUGGUUCUUCUAGGCUGGUACUGGGAGGGACCUGAAGAUGUGACCAAGAAUGUCUUCUACUGGACAAGGGUGGCGAUGGUCGUGGCCCAGGGCUCGGGUAUGCAUCGAAGCGUGGAAUCCUCCCAACUGAGCAAACCGGACAAGAGGCUAUGGAAGCGGAUCUGGUGGACCCUGUUCACGCGAGACCGGUCGGUCGCGGUGGCGCUUGGGCGACCCAUUGGCAUCAACACGGACGAUUCGGAUGUUGGCAUGUUGACGGAAGACGACUUCGUCGAAGAUGAGGUCGACAUUGCGGCCGAGUACGCGCCCGAUCCGGUCCACGUGCAGUUCUUCCUGCAGUACGUCAAACUCUGCGAGAUCAUGGGCUUGGUCCUCUCGCAGCAGUACUCUGUCGCUUCCAAGGCCAGGCGGAUGAACGCCAUGGACCUCACCCACUCCGACAUGGCGUUGGCGGAUUGGCUCCAAAAUUGCCCGAAGGAGGUAUGCUGGCAACGGCAACGGCAUCAUUUCUGGGCAGCCCUGCUUCAUGCGAACUAUUACACCACACUUUGUCUCCUGCAUCGAGCCCAUAUGCCGCCCGCCUCUUCCGUCCCGAGCAGUUACCGCGUCGAAGAAAUGGCCUAUCCCUCACGCACCAUUGCCUUCCAGGCUGCUGGGAUGAUCACCUCGAUUGUGGAGAACCUUCAUAAUCACCGUGAAAUCCGCUACACCCCUGCGUUCAUUGUCUACAGCUUGUUUUCGGCGUUGAUCAUGCACGUGUAUCAAAUGCGAUCCUCCGUCCCCACGAUCGUGGCCACCUGCCAAGAGCGCAUCAACAUCUGCAUGGUGGCCCUCAAAGACGUGUCCAAGGUCUGGCUGGUGGCUAAGAUGGUGCACACGUUGUUUGAGUCCAUUCUCGGCAACAAGGUCCUGGAGGAGCGUCUUCAGAAGGCGGCGGGAAAGAGACAUCAACGAGUACGCCCCGAGUCAAUGCAGCAGCCACAACAGCCGCCCGCGAGAAAGCCCGAGCCUCCGAAGCGCAAAUUCGACGACAUGGAAUUCGGGCUACCGAAUGGAGGCCCGACUCCUCCGGUAUCCUACGAGCGAUCCCGUCCGCAGACGCCUGCGGUUACGCCGUCACGCGAGAUGCAGCCCAGUCUAAGCGUGCCGCAAGGCUCGCCCCCGGCCCCAGUGUUGCCGGGGAUCUCUCGCGGAAACACGCGCCCAACGACGCCCUUUAAUCAGUUCUCUCUCCCUGCCACACCACCCGACCUUUUCCUUGUUACGCGAGCCUCGCCCAAUCUGUCUCCGUCGCUGUGGGAGAACUUCCAGCCGGACCAAUUGUUCCCUGAUGGCACGGCGUUCUUCCCGGAACUGACGUCUCCGCAGACGGCCACGGUUGACCCGCAACUCCAGGUCCCCCCCAUGCAGCCACACAACAUGGAUCAGCGGCCAAUCAUUCCUCCACACAUGGCUGGACGCGGCAGUAUUUCCGCCGCGCACGGCAGCCCGGAUGUUCUCAACAUGCCACCGGGGAUCAGUCUGCCGGGCCAGCCACCGCAGGUGUUUGGGAUGGAAAACCAACAGCCGUGGCCGAUGCAGAACCUGGACGCUCCGUUGGGCGCGACGACCAUGGAUGCAGCCAGCCAGGAUGACAACUGGAGCAGCAGCUCACGGAGCGGUCCGACGGCUCCGACGACUCUCAAUGUGGAGGACUGGUUCCAAUUCUUCGGCAUCAACGGUAGUUUCGGCGAUUUAGCAACAUAACCGCAGUCUCGUAUAGCGAUUGAGUUUAACACGGGCGAUUUCCCUGGGUCAAUGAAUGGGCCUCGCUCCGGGUAGUUAGUUCUGAUUUCAUGUUAUAUACCUGGUCUGGAUGCCGUGUUUAUAUUCCCGGUCUGGUCUGUUCUUCCUCGCCCGGACGAGGAGUAUCAGACCAUGACUACAUUCAUGUGUAUAAUGAUCUCGAGUGGAUUUGAUUGAUA